CUUUGUUCUUUCGUGGGCGGGGGGGCAAAAACGCAACGCCAAAACAACCCCGCGGGCCGCGGCGCGAACUCUCCGGUAGCCUCUCGAGCGAGCCGACACGAGCUUCGAAAUCGCAAACCCAGCCACGCCUCCGCCGCCGGCAUGGCCAUGCUUCUCCGCCGCCGCCUCCCGCUGGCCCGCCUCCUCCGGCCGCUGCAGGCCGAGGCGGCGGCUUCCACUACCUCCUCACCGCCGCCUCUCCAGAACCGUCCCGCCGCCGCGUCGCCUUCCCACGCGCUGGGAUCACGUUUAGGGUUUUUGAAUGGGGUACCAGGUGCCCCGGGGGCGCGUGAGGCUUCGGCGUUCACUACGGCCGGCUUCCUCGCCGCCGGCGCGGCCGCCGCUCUCGCGUCUCUGCCGGUGGCCUACGCCGAUGCCAAUGAGGGCGUUGUAGACUCGGCUGUAAGCUCUGAUGCGGCUGUGAAACCUGUGAACCCUGAUGCGGCUGUGAGCUCUGAUGUGGCGGUGGGGGAGGAUCUGGCCCAUAAGGAGAGGAAGAGGAUAAUAGAGCUCAUUCAGAGCCGAGGGAUGCCACACGGGUCAUACCCGCAAUUUGAUGUGGCAGUGAAGGGCCAAAAGGUGGUCGUUAAAUUUAAUGUACCAUCAACUUGUAGCUUAUCAGACCUUAUUGUUGAUCUCGUAACACAUAUCGGACUUGAGGCAGAACAAGGUGGUGGCGGCUCUGAGAUGCUACUGCGUGCUUGGAACAGUGUAGCUGCACGUCAGAUAACGUUGAACCCUCACAAGAAGACAACGAGCAAUGGAGAUGACAAUGAAGAUGAUCUUUGUGUCUUGAUAUUUGAACCACUUGUGGGAUCUCAAUAUUCUGUCAGUUCCUAUGAAGUUGAAUUCAUCAAGCGUGGUGGAUUUAGUUUGAGAGAGCUUGAAGCUUUGACAAGUGUUUUGAAAUUAGUGGGCCAGAAAGAUGUUAAGCAAUCAUCAGGGAAGGGCAAUAAGUCAUACACAACAAGAAAAGGAAAUGGUCAGAGAUCCAAGCAUGUACCAUCUAUGGAAAAAACUAUAUCUGAUUUAGAGGGUAUGGGAGUUCGGGUCUAUGGAUUUGAUGAGACCUCAAGUAUUCCAAUGGAUGGUAGUGGUACUGUUAUGUGGGAGAACAUUGCUGGAUAUGAACCUCAGAAAAGGGAGAUAGAGGACACUAUCCUCUUGGCUUUACAGAGCCCUGAAGUGUACGAUGAAAUUGCCCGUGCUACACGAUGCAAAUUUGAGACAAACCGACCUCGAGCUGUUUUGUUUGAAGGCCCACCAGGCACUGGUAAGACUUCUUCUGCUCGAGUUAUUGCCAAGCAAGCUGGAGUUCCGCUGUUAUAUGUGCCACUGGAAAUCAUAAUGUCAAAAUAUUAUGGUGAAAGCGAGCGCCUUUUGGGAUCUGUUUUUUCACUUGCCAAUGACCUUCCUGAUGGAGGUAUAAUUUUUCUAGAUGAGGUAGACUCUUUUGCUAGCGCUCGAGAUAGUGAAAUGCAUGAAGCUACACGAAGGAUAUUAUCAGUAAUUUUGCGGCAGAUUGAUGGGUUUGAGCAGGAUAGACGUGUUGUGGUUAUUGCUGCAACAAAUAGAAAGGAAGACCUUGAUCCUGCCCUCAUCAGCCGUUUUGAUUCAAUCAUUUGUUUUGACUUACCGGAUCAGCAAACCCGCGCAGAAAUAUCUGCCCAGUAUGCAAAACAUUUGACUAAAUCUGAAUUGUUUCAAUUUUCAUUGGCCACUGAAGAGAUGUCAGGAAGAGAUAUCAGGGAUAUUUGCCAGCAAGCAGAAAGACAUUGGGCAUCAAAGUUGAUAAGGGGACAAGUACCAAAAAAUGAUAAGGGGGAGCCGAGUCUUCCUCCAGUCGAAGAGUAUGUUGCAUGUUCUGAACAACGCAGAAGAUCUUUGCCGAAUAGAACAAGUAAGGAAUCAAGACUCCCUGCUUUGAAGUUAGCUUGAGGAAUGUACUUAUCUUUACAGUUCCACACCAUAUGUUAAAUGAUGUGUAUAUAGAUUUUAGGCAUCUCUUCUCGUGACGCAUGCCGGCGCAUGAAAAUUGCGUUUACCCAAAUUUUGAUUGUCCUAUCACAGCACGACAAAACGUAUAAUUCUAGAGAUGAAGUAACAGUGGGUAAUGCAUUUUGCAAUGUUUGCUGGCCGCCUUGGGUCGCGGUCCUCGAGGAUAGGUGAUCCGGACCAACAACUCUGGAACUGUCGAGAUAUCUGCUAGGAAAUACUCCUAUUUUCCUGAGAAAGCGUAGAAGUUGUGUACGUCAAUGCAUUAAGAGACAAUAAAACAACACAAUGUUCUUACAAAGAAAUGUACAUUGCCUUGGAACUUGUGUACCUAUAUGCAAGCAUGCAGUAUUGCCAAA